AUGGCGUCCCUCACUAUUACCACCACAGACGCCCAGCGCAACACAUUCCCGUUCUUUGACCUGCCAGGUGAGAUCCGCAAUUACAUCUACGACGAACUAUUCAUCGCAUGCUCUCGACCCGCAAGCAUCGAUCUGAACCUCGACUGUAACAUUGGCAACGUAACAGAUCCGACCGCCUGCAGAAUCAGCAAACAGUUCCGAAGCGAAUACCUGGCGCGAGCCGGAAAACAUCCCAUUGUGACACAAUUCACAGACCACAUCGACUUCGAUGGGACGCUACGCUACCCGAUGCCUCGUCCUGUAUACCGGACCGAGAUUGUCAAGUUACGCCUUUUCGCCACCGCCGUUGAAGGCCAUUCGCAUCUGGAUUGGCUCGAGCCUCUACUUGAAAGGCUCCCGAGAGUCACAGAAGUGGAAAUCAAGGUCGCGCUGCGGAAGGAAGUUGUCGAUGAACAAAGCGAAGAGGUCGAGCGGUGGAUGGUGUUGCGGAAUCUACGCAGCGUGGUAGUCUAUUGCGGCCGAGGACGCAAACUCGAGAACUUCUUCAGCUUCGACGAGCCUGUCAAGCAUACCACGGUCAAGAAAUAG